AUGGAUGUCGGCACGUUGCCCUCCCACCUUUGGGCUGUGAUCCUGGGUUGGGGGCUUCGUGCCUUUUUCGAAAGGCCUUCGAUCCCCGAGGAAAGGCCUUGCAUCUGCCGGUGCAGCUGCUCUUGUGUCAGUGAAGGCACCGGCUACUCCUUUCUGGCCCUGGUGUUUAUCCUCGUGUUAGGAUUGGGCUUGACAGCUGCCUGGUUCUUUGUGAAGAAGGAGACCGCUGGGAUCGAGUUGUUGGUUCGUCGACUUCAAGUGAUCCGUGAGGCUCACCGAAUUUCGCCAACAAGCCCAGAUUACAGCUCAGCAGAAUUUUUCAUGGGAUGGCGCUACCGCAAGGGAGCGCAUGGUGUCGACCCUGACCUCGCCCAUCACGUGGCAGCGGAAUUGAAGUCCGAGGCCAUGAUCCUCAAGGAAAGCCGCAAGGCUAAAGAAGAGGCCCAAGCACGCCCAGGGGUGCCACCCUUCCCUGCAUGCUCUGCUGAUGUUGAAUUCGAUCCUUUCCAUGGCCGUGAGCUCAAUGACUUCAUUCGAGAAGAACGAUGGCGUGAGCUUUUUCCACUGCCGCACGCGGUCCCUACCGGCUCAGGCUACGGGCUUUCCACAUCUUCUAGACGAAGGAAGGCCAAGGUCCGUGGUUUGGUUGAGGAGUCAAAUCGUGUAAUUGACAGUUUGAACGAGAUGUAUGCCGCACAGUCCAAUGUUUGUGAAACUAGAGUCAGUGAAGCACAGAGGGCUAGUCAGCAUGCAAUUUUUCAGCAAUUGGCCCGAAUGCCCAGGGCUCAAAAACAAUGCAGUAUGCGUGAGGCUGUUCAAGAGCUUCUGCAGUGUGACUCCUCCUACGGACAGGAGGAUUUUGUCAGCACGGUACGCCCCUAUGACCGAGAGCUUGUUUCGCUCCCUGACACGGGAGAUUGUCCGAUAGCACUGGACCAGGUCCUUGAUGAACAUGGACGACAAGUACUUGGUGAUCCUCAAUGCAGUAUGCUUCUCUCGGAGGAGGAGUGGGGGCAGGUGCUGGAAGAGGGAGAUUUGGUGGCGAUCCCAGAGGGCUCUACGUUGUAUCUGGCUCAAUCCGACAUCAAGGACUAUUUUUACAGCCUUGCAUUACCACAAGAACUACAAAGCCUGUUUUGUCUUCCGGCCAUUGCCAAGUCGGCCUUGCAGGACUGGAACAUCGACAUGGCGACUGUGGAUGAAGAUGCAGAAGGCUGGACUUUCCCGAUGCUGCGGGUGGUUCCCAUGGGCUGGAGCUGGAGGUCUAGCAUUGACCGGGUCGUGGUUGAGAGCAAGGCCCCUCCAGACAUUUCAGACAAAGAGGUCAUUUUGAUCCCCUACGCUGACAAUCUGAACGUUGCAGGCAUUGAUGAACUUCGAGUUCAAGAGGUAAAGGACAAGAUCGUUCGAAGGCUCCGGCAAAUCGGAUUCAGGGUGCAUGAAGAACUUGAAGCAUGUCCCAUUGGGCAAAGCCUUGGUUUCCUGAUCGAUGGACAGAAGGGUAUUGUCACGCCAAUUCCGGAAAGGCUGCAGAAGGUGAAGCUGGCACUGGAUUGGCUUGGCAGGAGCUUCGGAGGAUUCAUGAAAGGUGCUACCCAACUCGAACUGGCCAACAAGACCAUGGACAAGCUGCAUUCAGUCCCUUGCCCCCAGAAGAAGAGAGGCAGGGUUUUGAUGACCCACUUCGACAAGAAGCCGGCAGAGAAGGCAAAGACUCGAGCGCAAGUGGUGGCCAAAAGAACGGAUCCACCCCGCUUCAAGGGACAGACGAACUUGGAGCGAUUGGCAGUCUCAGAGGCGGUCGCCCGGGACUACACACGAAGAAUAGAGGACUUGAGACGAUUCUCGAAGAUGCAGAAGCUUUCUUUGAAGGGUCCCAAGAAAUUGGACGAGGCCUGCACCAGAUUUCUCAACGACAUCUUCGAGCAGGGCGUCGAGUUCCACGAAGGCUCAAAAUUUGUGGCCGCAGUGAAAGAUGCGUUCCCAGACUAUGGCCCGAAGGGCAUGUUGCCUCGGAUGGUCCGGGCGCUGCAGGGUUGGGGGAAGGUCGACCCUCAAAAGACACGACCUCCCCUUCCAUGGGAGCUGGUGGCGAGCCUCGCCAUGAAGAUGAGGAAGCGGGGCCGCCUGCAGCCGGCGCUGGCAACCCUGACAAUGUUCACUGCUUACCUGAGGCCAGGCGAGUGUCUGGCCAUUCAGAAGACAGAUCUGGUGAAGCCGAUGCCGAAGCAAGAGUUUCAUACAUUGCAUCUUCAUCCUGCCGAACGACACGAGGCCUCAAAAGUUGGAAUCUCAGAGGAAUCAAUCCAACUGGAUGCCACGCAGGUGCAAUGGCUGGGGCUAGCCCUCGAGCAGCUCCAAUCCCCAGGUCCCUUCCUUUUCGACCUGGGAUACACGGAGAUGGUGAGUGCCUGGAAACAAGCACUCGUCGACGUAGGACUGGAGCACAACCACGCCGUGCUCCAUCAGCUUCGCCACUCUGGACCUUCGUUCGAUCGAUGCCACCGUCUCAGGUCGCUGAUGGAGAUCAAAGCCAGAGGCCGAUGGGCCGCGGAUGCCAGUCUCCGUCGCUACGAGCAGCAUGGCCGCUUGAAUCAGGAAUAUCAUCGCCUACCACUGGCGACACAAAAGCUUGUUUUGCAGUUGGAAGAGCAGAUGAGAAAGCUGGGCCCAAAGUUUUUCACCCACCCUCAACAAUAG